AUGCACUGCGAAGACUUGAAGUCCACGGUUUCUGUAGUGUCGACCACCGACGACGAGCGAUCGAUCCCUGCCGUUCUCCUCCACACGGCAAGCGCUUUCGUCGUCCACGGCUCUCAACGCAUUCCAGUCCGACUCUUUCUGGACAGUGGCAGCGCUCUCACUUUCGUUUCGCCGAGACUCAUGCAUCUCCUUCCCGACUUCAAGCCAAUAUCUUCGGCUCGACUUGGCCUCACCACGUUUACCUCCAAUCACGACCUCGUCUCGAAGCAGUUUAGGUUGACCAUUCAGAGCACUCACGACUCGGCACGGGUGGACGUCAACGCAUACGAGUACGACUUCAUGGUUGAUCCGUCGCCUCGGUGCUCCGAAAAAGAUCGCAAGAUCAUCGAUGGCUUCGCGGCGACCCACCGUCUGGCUGACUCCGCGCUCGCUACGAACACAGCCGGGCCAUCGGUCUCGUUGUUGAUAGGGAGGGAUCAAUUCUUCAAGAUCGCUCAUGUCGGCAUCGAGCAGACUCUCGAGGGGGAGCUGGUCGCCCGCGGAUCUAUACUCGGAUGGAUAAUCGGUGGAACAGCCGAAAGGGCGAUCGAGCCGCGGCUGGAGCUGCUGCAGGCCAACGUCCACUGUUGUGUGGCGAGCAUUUCGCGCAACGCCGAGGAGCUCGAGAGACUAUGGAGUCUCGAGGCAAUCGGCAUCGAGAAGGAAGAUGCUUCUCCUCUGAGCUCCGACGAGCUAAGCGCGACUCGUCAGUUCAAGGACAGCCUGAAGUAUGAGAACUCACGAUAUACGGUCAGCAUGCCUCGCAGACCGGGCGUCGAAGAGCUCCGCGACAACCUCGAGCAGGCUCUUGAUCGUCUAAACAGCAAGCUGAGGGGGCUCCGCAGCCACCCGGUCACCUACAGCAGGUAUCACCAGGAGGUCAUGUCAUUCGUGGAGCAGGGACACGCGGAGGAAGUCGGAAAGUUUUCGGCCGAGGUCUACCGGCAGGACUCUUCGCUACGCCAAGGCUCCUACUUUAUGCCUCACCACAACGUCGUUACCGCUUCGGAUAAGGGAGAGAAAUGGCGAAUUGUAUUCGACUGCUCCUCCUCAGCGCGUGGCUGCAGAUCUCUCAACUCAUAUCUGCUCCCUGGCCCCAACCUCAACCCGGACAUCGUGGGAGUUCUCUUGAACUUUCGUCUCCACGCUGUCGCGGUUUCCGCGGACAUAGCUCGAGCGUAUCUCUGCAUAAACGUGAGCGAGUCUGAUAGGCAAUUGUUUCGCUUUCUGUGGCAGGGACCCGAGGACACUCAACCCCGCUGCUACCAGAUGAAAAAGGUCACCUGGGGAGCUACCCCUAGUGGCUUCCUUCUUGCCGCCACGCUUCGCGAGCACUUUUUACGUGUCGAUCCCGAGUCCACCAUGCGCUUGGGGGAAUCGUUCUAUCACGACGACCUUCUGAGAAGUUUCCCAUCGGUUGCUGACGCGAGGAUCUUCGCCGACACGAUCCAAGACAAUCUGCGUUCUGCCGGCAUGGAACUUGCGAAAUGGAAGACGAAUUCCCGCCCACUCGCGGAGCACCUCACUCGUCGAGGGGUUCCGGAAGCUGCGUUGAAUCUGGAUGCGGGAAAACUCCUCAAAGUUUUGGGAAUUUCCUGGCAUCCAACGGAAGACUCUUUCCAGUUCGCUCUCGACCAUGUCGUGGAUCGGGCAAGGGCUACGAGGAUUCGAACCAAACGGUCCGUGUUGAGGCUGGUUGCCUCCAUCUACGACCCUCUGGGCUGGCUCGCACCAUUCCUCAUUCGUGGAAAGCUCCUUCUCAGGGCGCUCUGGGCCGCCGAUCUCAAAUGGGACGAUCCUCUCAGCGGCAACUUGACUUCAGAUGCGCAGACCUGGACAGAAGAGGUCCCGGCUCUUUCGAAGGUUCGCAUCCCACGUUGCAUUGGCGUUCGCGGCGUUCCUCCCACCGGUCGUCAUCUCCAUCUGUUCGGGGAUGCGUCACCAAUCGCCUACUCUGCUGUGGCCUACAUGCAGACCCUUUUCGCGGAUGGAACGUGCAAGACUUCAAUCAUCAUGUCCAAGACUCGUGUCGCUCCGCGGCAGCCGCUGAGCCUCCCUCGCCUCGAGCUCAUGGCCGCUCUCCUCACAGUUCGAUUGCGAAACUACAUCGUUGACCAGCUCAUGGUUCCGGUUGAUCGAGUGACGUUCUACACCGAUUCCAUGGUAACCUAUUAUUGGUGUACUGCGUCAUCAGCCGGUCGUUGGAAAACCUUCGUGAACAAUCGAGUGUCCGAGAUCCAGGCUUCAUCGACGGCUGAUCAAUGGCAUCAUGUCCCCGGUUCGCUCAACAUAGCUGAUCUUGCCACGAGGGGUGUCUCGGCUGGAGAACUCAGCAGAAACACCACUUGGUGGCGCGGGCCGGAAUGGCUGUCUCUCCCGGAGACUGAAAGACCCAUUUCGCAACCAGGCCAAGACGACACGCCAUCCCUUUCGGCGGUCGACAACGAAUUGCGGAUGACCAGCGCCGCGAUCACCGUACGUCCGGAUUGCCAAUGCUUGGUCGACAUCAAGCGCUACAGCACGCUGGGAGCGGUUGUCCGAACGACCGAGAUGAUCUUCAGGUCUAUACGACGUAUGCGCAAACUGCCGCCCAUCACCGCAUCCUGCUCGCGUCAACAGGCUCUCAACCAUCUCAUCAAAUGGACUCAGCGACAACACUUCCCGCGAGAACUCGAGGCAGCAUCGGCCGACGACUUCCCCGCUCGGAACUCCAAGGUGGCUGGUCUCAAGUUGUUCAUCGAUCAAGACGGUCUUCUCCGCGCGAGGACCCGACUCUACGCCAGCCCGCAUUUCACCGACGACGAAAAGACACCCAUCGUGAUCCCCGGAGAAUCACAUCUCGCAUCCUUGCUCAUAGUCGACGAGCACAGGGUCAACGCACAUCUGGGUGUAUCCACGAUCCUCGCAGCAUUGCGGCGUCGUUACUGGAUAACACGCGGCCGCCAGCGCAUCAAGUCGAUUCUGGGGAAAUGCGUGAUUUGUCGCAAACAACACGGUCCGACGCAAAAGGUUAUCGAGGCGCCUCUCCCGGAGUCACGUCUGAGUCCUGUCGUGCCCUUCCAGACGAGCGGUCUGGAUUUCUGUGGUCCAUUCCUCACCCGGCUCGGCUCGGAUACUCAGAAGAAUUACAUCGCUCUCUUCACGUGCUCCACCGUUCGUGCAGUGCACUUAGAGCUCGUGCCCUCGAUGACAACCGCGCAAACCCAUCUCGCUAUCCGCAGGUUCCUGAGUUUGUAUCCCGAAUGCUCCGCUCUGGUCUCGGACAACGCACGCUCCUUCGUCAAGGCAGCCGCUGAUAUCAAGCGCCUUUUCAAUUCGAAGAGACACCCGGACAUACGCGAGCUCCUGUCGAAGCACGGACUGGAAUGGAGGUUCAUCUGCCCGCGCGCUCCAUGGCACGGGGGAUUUUGGGAGCGGAUGGUUGGGACCGUCAAGGGCGCUUUGAAGCGAACGCUAGGGAGAAGUUUACUCACGUUCGAGGAACUUCGAACGAUAAUCGCUGAGAUCGCCGCCACCGUGAACAACCGUCCGCUCACCUACGUCUCAGGAGAUCCCGACGAGCCGACGCCACUGACUCCCUCGCACUUCCUGAGAGGCGCUCCCCUCCGACCGCCGCUUUGCUCGAUCACCCCGCUCGACGAGAUGAACAAAAAUCGCCUGCGCUCCGAUCUCCUCAACCGCACCACGUACUACAGAGCGCUCGCGACGCGUUGGCGUCGCGAGUAUAUUACUCAACUCCGGAGCAUCAGCGAAACAGAGCGCGGCGGAAAGCCCGUCAUAAGCGUCGGUGACGUCUGUCUUUUGGAGGAAGACAACCGGCCACGGAUCGGCUGGCAGCUCGUCAGAGUCCUAGAGCAGAACAUCGGCCGCGACGGAGUCGUCAGAACGUACACGGUCAAAUUCGCCAACGGCUACGUGACGCGUCGAGCAGCAAGACUGCUCGUUCCCCUAGAAGUCGCAUAA